AUGAAACUGUCAGUCAAACUGCGACCGACAGUUGAAGGUCGAUCGUCUGAAAUUUCUCGUUUGUUGUCCCCGCCGCUGCCACCGCUGCUCUUCCAAGGAAGCUGUUUUCUUAGAGGUGAGAAAUGUUUUUCUUUUUAAAAAGGGGAGGAUGGCGAAAACAAGGACAAAAAUUCCGAAGAUCCUUCCGAAAAUGCAUCAACAGGAGAUGCAGACGAAACCGAUGACGCCCAGCUAGACAAUAACAGUGAUUCCACUCAUUCGAGUCGGAGUGCCACUCCAGAAUCUCAAGCACCACCUCUUCUAUUGCCUCCUCCUCCCCCCAGGGACGAUAUGGACGCGCCAAGCAGUAAGGCUCCGUCCAUAGUAGUCCCACCGGCCGUGGCUCCUCAACUCAUGGACAUAUCACCACGAACCGCGGUCUCCAAUCCCGAGCUUAGCAUCCAAGCAGAGGACGACGAAGAGGACGUUGACGAAGACAUGGUGACGCCGAAUGUCGAGGUAGACGCCCCUCUGGACUUUAGUAUUAAGGCGAAGUCUGCAGACGAUGAGAGUACCACGGAGGAUGAGAGAUCCCCGACGCCAAACGGGUUGCAGCAUCCACCUUCCAUUUCGCAGGACGGACCUCUAGACCUAUCGGUGCCAAGGAGGCGAAGCCGAGCUGGAGUCGAGGGUGGAAGUAGACACGCCAAAAUGGCCAAACUCGAAACAGCUUUGUCUAUGCCCAGCAGCCCAUGGGGAUAUAAUGCUCCAAAACAUACACCGAAAACAGCACCCGGAAAGGCUGGUGUUGCCGGUGAGAUUCCAAUGUGGAAUGGCAAAGUAAAGCACGAGAAACGCGAGAAGAGUCCGGGUAAUUCUUCUAAAAGCCCAGCUUCGCUCAAUAGAUCUUCUGUGUAUCAUCCUCUAUUGCACAAGAAUGCUAGUCCUCCUCUGGAACAUAACAAAGUUAGUGAUUCCCGAAAAAGUAGCGCUGGAGGUUCCAAGUCUGAUCCUUACAGGCCAGCUGGUCGUCAGAAUCCAUGGCAAAGCCAGUGGAUGAGCCGAAGUAGCGAACAAACAAGGGAUGUUUUCACCUGCGUGUGGUGCAAAGAAUCAUUCCGCAGUCUAGCUGAUAUGACAGUGCAUAUGAAGCAGUCGCCGCGAUGUGGAAUGGCAGGUAUGCAGACAACACUACCUGCCUCGUCACCUACGACUUCUGCUAUUCACCACCAGCCUGUGCCCCAUCAUUCCCCCAUGCCCGCCAAAUGUUCGACAUCAGCUGCUUCUGCAGGCCCAAAUGCAGUGAUUAAGGAGAACGUUUCUCUGCCUCGGAAACUAGUCAGAGGUCAAGACGUUUGGUUAGGGAAGGGUGCAGAACAGACGAGGCAAAUUCUAAAAUGCAUGUGGUGUGGUCAAUCCUUCAAAACUUUAGCAGAUAUGACCACCCAUAUGAGGGUCACGCAACAUUACACGAAUAUCAUUAGUCAGGAACAAAUAAUUUCAUGGCGUACGCCUGAAGAUAAGAUGGCUGCUCAGUCUCAGGUGAAUGCAGUGCUCACGUGCAAAGUGUGUGACCAAGCUUUUGGAAGCCUCAAAGAACUGAGUUACCACAUGGUCAAAAAUUCACAUUACAAGGAACACAUUCUACGCUCAAUCACAGAAGGAGGUGGCAGGAGGAGGCAGACCCGCGAAAGACGAAAGAAAUCUCUUCCGGUUCGAAAGCUUUUGGAAUUGGAAAGGAUGGAGCUCAAUAAGCAGAAUCCUACCACUUCAAACGACGUCACGAGUCAGGCCAAAAACGAAGUAGUUGACGGUAAGAUCUCAUGUGAAGAAUGCACAGAAAAAGUGGAUGCCAAAGACUUUGUACAGCACAUUAAAAGCUGUGCUCAGGGAUCGCGAUCUCAGCAAUCUGUUAAAUCUUCCCCAGGCUCAGAGGGAGCCAAGAGUGCCAGUGGAGAUACAAAUCCGGACAUUCCUACUACCUCAGGAAGCAUCAUACUUCCGAGCUCCUCCCCUCUAACUUCUCAGGAUAUGCCAUCCGAAGAAGCAGCUAACAAAACUUCCGGAGGUCAGAUCUUGCAACAGGAGGACAGCAUGUGUGAUAGUGUUGAGAGUACAGGAAGUACCUCUGUCCUCAAUGCCAUUGAGAAACUCAUCGAGAAGAGUUUCGAAAGCAAGGGGAGACGGAGUGCGGCCUCUACUGGUAUUCUGCAGCGUCUGGGAAUCGACGAGGAAGUGUAUCCUCCUUGGCAUCCUUCUAGUUCUCCCAGUGCUUUUGGUGUUCUCCGCAGCACAGUGGACCUCCAAAGGAAGUCCACGUCACCUCUCGGAAGGUUGCACGACUUCAAAAUGGAAAUGGCCGAUUUCUCUGGCUCCGAGAGCCGAAGUCGGUCCUCUUCUACGUCUGAAAAACAUCCGAGCUUCGACGAACAUUUGAGAUUAACAUUCGGAUUGACAGCCAAAGACGUUAUGAAUCGAGUCUCGACGCCCAGUAGCGCUUCUCAGUCUUGCUCACCAGUACACUUCCAACCAGAAUCCCCGGCUGAAGAUCGUAGCAAUGUGUUCAUAACUAAAGAGACCACGAACUCUAACUUACCGUCUGCAUCUCAUACAGCAACUUCUGUGAAUAGUGUGUCCCCAAAAGCUCGCUCUGUGACUCCUUCUUCUGAUCGUGAUAUCGGUGAAAAAAGCAGUUUCGCCAAAGACGGAGAGCAGCAAUUGAAUGAUUGCACUGGCAAUAAAGACACAGAAAUGUCUGCCAGUGAAGAAAAGGGCUCCGUUUCGGACGACGAGAAACCUGUCAAUUGCAGUGGCAAUGCUACACCAAAGAGCGAUGACAGGCGAACCCCUCUGUCUCGAGCGUCAAGUUGCGAGCCAGAAAUGGCCGCAUCUGCUAGUCCUGGCAUGGCUAUGGUUUCGGACGAGUCACCCGAAAAGCAUUCGUCGAAAAACAUUCCGAAGAAGAAACGAAAUUCGGAGAUCUCGAGGAAAUCGCAGAAUUCCUUCAGCAAGCGCCGCUCAUCCCACACCCGAAUCAAAAAAGAAUCCGAGAUGGGCAGCAACGACGAACUUGGCUCGCCGAUGUCCACGCACAGCUCGGAAGUCACCUCUCCCAGGCAGAAGCAUUCCGAUUCCGCCGACCACCCCCUCAAAGAACUGCAGAAGCUGCUAGACAAGACGGACGCACACCUGUCUCGGCCCAGCCUCCCGGCCACCCCGGGCUCCAUUUUGGCUUUCAGUUGGGCUUGCAGUGAGGCGACCACGUCGGACUCGCUAAUGAAAUGUGCUUUCUGCGACACGCACUUCAUCUCUAAAGGUGCUUACAGACACCACCUAAGUAAAAUGCACUUUGUGAAGGACGGCAGCUUGGCAGAGCUCGCGGCCGCCUCCACCUGGAAACCUCCAACAACCUCAUCCUCAGGUAAUACUAACAAUAAAACUGCCAACGCUGCCGGUAGCAACGGCUGUGCCGCAGGGGGCAGUCGAACGAGCAAUAGUGAUUCGGCUCACCCUUCCUCUCCUCAAAAAGAACUUGCUCCUCCCAACCCUGUGGAGGAGAGCCCUCAUUCCAAAUUCCUCAAAUACACUGAACUUGCAAAACAAUUAUCCAGCAAGUACGUGUGAUCAACGGAAUGUGGUAAACGGUAUACAUAAAGAAAUCUAUAUAUAUAUAUAAAUAAUUUAAAAAACGGUGCCUCCAUACUAAUUGCCAAGUUUUCUCUUUUUAUUGGGCUCUCCUUGUGUCCUAGUGAUAUUUCACGGCCAAUUGGUGCUGCUGUUUUGCUGUGUGAAUCCAAUUGAUGUGUGACGGACGAUACACAGACGCACAAAGUCUGCUGGAACGCUUGUACAUAGUUAUAAAUACACUCCUAUAAAUAGAAUCUAUAAAUAUAUAAAUACUUAACCCGAAGACUCAAGUUUUUCUGGUCUCAAACACUGGCAAAUGA